CUUCAACCCCCCUGCCACACCUUUUCCCCCUUCCCCCCAACUUUUAUGACUGGUCAGCCCUCUUCCAACUUGGCCACAAUUGUUUUUCCAUUUUUCCAUUUUUGCGUUGUUUGUUUUACUCACACUAUUACGCCUGUUUAUUUUAUAUUUUUCAUUCCUUGUACGCAUUUAAUACCUUUUUUCGUUGCUCAUUUGUAUUAUUCACCGCACAGCUUUCGAGUAAAAGAGAAGCCCGAGUCAGACAGCAGCUACACAUAUACGCAGAAGAUCGGUUCAGGAAACGCAGGAAACAAUACUUACGGGGCCAUUCAGCUAUUGCAUAUUCACACAGUAAAAAAAAAAAGCAGGGCUAGCAUUCUCCUGUUUCGACAGUCAAACACAGCCAGCAGAGGUUACCAUAAAUGAUCUCACCGUCAGAGCUACGGACGGUCAUUGACGAUAUAAAGCAAGUUGC